UCUUUCUAUUAUUUUGAGUUUAUAAACUAUGAGUGUGAAGACAAUUUUAAUGCCAUUUUUAUGAUGCAUCAGACCCUCAAUAUUAAAAAAAAUUAUAAGUUAAUAAAAAAACAUAUGUUUAAUGAAAACAAAACUUAUGAUAAUUGUCAUUGGGUCAGCAAUUAGAAAAUUUAAAUUUUUACUUGAAUGAAACUUGAUUAGAAAAUUAAAUUUUUACUUGAUUGAAGUUUAAUGUUACUUGAUUUUUUGAAAGGAAAUAAACAAUUUUUCAUAGUAUUAAAAUAAAAUGAAUGAAGAUGGCUUCAAAACUAUUUUGAUAAAUAUUGCAAGGAAUUUGAGUAAUGAAGACCUGAAAAGAGUUAAAUAUUAUUACGAAAAAGAUAUUUCUGAAAGUGUCCUUGAAAAGAUAACAAGUCCAAUAGAACUAUUGCAAGCCUUAGAACAACAUAGUUUACUCAGGUUUAAUAAAUAUGAUGAUUUUGUUGAACUGCUAAUUCAAAUAGGCAAGCAGCAAUUGGUUAAUGAUAAUUUUCCUGGUUUAUCUUUGCACAGAUGAAAAUACAGGAAAAAAAAUAGCUACAAAAUCAAUCGAGAUUGGAAACACUGAUAGUAAUGAAAAAGCAAAAAAAGAAGUUGAAAAAUUGAAACAAGAUAUUUCACUUUUUCAAACACUAAUUCAUAAACGAGUUGUGGAAUACUAUGGUAUUACUUGUACUAGCACAACAGUUUCUAUUUCAAUGGAAUACAUGGAAGGAGUGCCAAUAUAUUGUUAGAUUUCGAAGGAAACUGUAAACUUGCUGAUUAUGGUAUCUCAAAGCAAAUACAGACAAUUCGUUCUCAGGCGGGAUGUAAAACAACAAUUGGGACACCCUACUGGAUGAGUCCUGAAGUCAUUAAUUCAACCUGUUUUGAUAUAGAAUAUGAAAAAAAAGCUGAUAUAUGGUAAUUUUUAACUAUUUUAAAUUGUAAAUUUA